AUGAAAAUCUGUGUCGUUGGUGGAGGACUGUCCGGAAUUUGUGCUGGAGUUAAGCUCAAGACGAAGCUGGGUCUGAAUGAAUUUACCAUUUUUGAUGAAAAUGCGGAUUUUGGAGGAGUUUGGUUUACUCAUACGUAUCCAAAAUGCGCGUGUGACGUGACAACGCAGAGCUAUAGUUUUUCAUUUGCUAUAAAUCCAGACUGGACCAAGACGUUCCCCAAACAACCCGAGGUCUUGGCAUACUUGCACAGCAUUGCUAAAAAAUACGAUCUUUACAAAAAUGCCAGAUUCAACCACCAAAUUCAAACUUUGACCUGGGUCAAUAACGCCAAAAAGUGGAAAGUAGUUAGCUUUAAUAAAGAAGCAGGAACUACAGAAGAAUGGAUUUUUGACAUUGUAAUUGCUGGGCCAGAGCCUUUCCACGUGCCGCAUAUUCCAGAAAAAUUCAAGUCCUUCGCCGGCCCGGUCAUCCACUCGGCCAAGUGGGAUAGUUCCGUCUCCUUAAAGGAUAAAACGGUCGCCGUCGUGGGCAGCGGGGCAGCGGCAUGCCAAAUAAUCCCAGGAAUUGUGAAUGACGUCAAAACCUUGUACAGCUUCCAGAGACGACCUGCUUGGGUCUAUUACAAAGCCCAAGUGGACAUACCGCCCCUUGCGCGCACCGCAAUUCGGAACUCAGUUCUACUACAAGGUUUCCUCAGGGCGGUAACCGCCACCGGACGUGACAUUGCUUUCCACUUUCAUAAGAAAAACGGUGUGGCACAUGCCAUGGGGUGGUUCAAAUGUCUUGCUACAAUGGAAAAUCUUUGCAAAGGGAAAACCCCCUAA